CGAGACUCGCACCUCAACAGUAAGCACUCACUUUGAUAAGUAGAGAACCACAGCAAAGAAGGCAAAAAGAAACAGAAAAUGUUUCUCACUCAAAAACUCCCUAGAAUCCAUUCACGUUUCUCCAUAUCCACGCUCUCACCUCCUAAACCCCAAAAGCUCUUCUGCAUCACAUCAACUCUCUUAUCCAAAACCAAACCCGGACCCGACCCCACACCCCUAUCCCACUUCUCCACGGCCGCCGUCGCCGCCGCACCGCCGCCGCAGAAACAGGGAAUCCUGCAAUUGUCCCUAGAGAAUCUCUUCUUCCCGCCGGACACAGACGCCUCGUCUCUCCGGGACACGCCCCUGAGCGCGAGGGUCCUCAAGGGCUCCAACAUCGUGCUGAGCAAGUACGCCGGCGAUGGCGCGGAGGUCGACAGCGCCGAUUUCGUCAAGAGCAGCGUAAGGACCGAGGACUGCCCAGCCGACGGGUCGCCGGAGUUCGCGCUCGUUGGGCGGUCCAACGUCGGGAAGUCGUCGCUGCUCAAUUCGCUCGUUAGGCGCAAGAAGCUCGCGCUCACCUCUAAGAAGCCAGGGAAAACACAAUGCAUCAACCAUUUUCGCAUCAAUGAUAGCUGGUAUCUCGUGGAUUUACCAGGCUACGGUUUUGAACUUCUGCUGAACAAAUGUGAUGAGCAAGAGAUUCUUAAAGAAAAGUGCCACUUUGGCAUAUUGGCGAAAAGGUAUGCAGUCGCACCACAUGAGGUUCGAACAGAUUGGGCGAAAUUCACCAAGGACUACUUCCUCAAACGCCCUACCCUUGUCUCAGUAUUUCUUUUGAUAGAUGCAAGCAUCCCUGCAAAGAAGAUUGAUCUCGAGUACGCCAGCUGGUUGGGUCAAAAUGAGAUUCCUAUGACAUUGGUAUUCACCAAAUGUGACAAGCGGAAAAAGAAAAAGAAUGGCGGGAAAAGACCCGAAGAAAACGUGCAAGAUUUUCUGGAAUUGAUACGUGAUUUCUUCCAGACGGCACCCCCUUGGAUUAUGACCAGUAGUGUUACGAAUCAAGGUCGAGAUGAAAUAUUGCUGCACGUGUCACAGUUAAGGAACUACUGGCUCAAGCAUUAGCUUUUAUUCUGGACUAUAAUCAUUCGAAAGGAGUUGCUAUAAAAGCCAAAGGUUUUCGAUAAGUGAUAAGUGAUAACCACGCAACAGAUAUUUUUGCUGACCGAGUCAGUAUCAUCAUAUAUUGGCAUUCUGCGAAUGAAUUUCUAUGAAGGGUUAGCUGCACAAACUGCCCCCGAGGUUUACUAAAUUGCAUAGCAACCCGCUAUUCAAAAAUUACAAUUAGCUUCCUAGAAGGUUGUAUUUAUCAGCAACAUUUAUAGUAUCUAGUUGCAAUAUAUCAGCUUAUCAGCAACUGCAACUUAAAAUCGAAAUGAACCCUUUAAAAACAAUGUUUCUUGUUUUUUCGUGAUUUCUUUUUUCAAUUUUUUUAUCCAAUAGCAACCUUUGAGUUUGGUUUUGGUUGUGACAAAUACUAGUUUGUGUUAGCCUAUGUAUAUUAGUAUGUUUGGAGGCGGUCUUAACUAGUAAAUAUCCUGAUUUCAUUAAUCCAAAUUGGUUUGAAGCUGGC